GGUGGCGCUGUUGAGGGUGAGAAGAUGCUGUGAUGGAGCGCGGGAGGCAGUGGCACUGUGAUAAGAGAAAGUUUAAAAACACAGAGAUUGAUUCCGUGGCAGUAUGUUUGAUUUGUAAGCAGAGAGUCGGAAGAAGAAGAAGAAGACAUUCGAGGCCAAAUUGUCCAGAGAGCAGGUCGAUUUUCUGCCUUCUCCAUCGCACGGACUCAGCUCAGCUGUUAGUCUUUCUGCGAGGAGUGAAUGAGGACUUUGAAGUGUGUCAGGAACUCGCGGGCCUUGAAACACUGAAAGGGACAACAAAAGGCACAGAUGUUUUUAUGGCAGUGCAGCGAGUUAUGGAUAGGAACAGCUUGAAGUGGGAAAACCUAUCAGGUAUCACGACAGACGGAGCCCCGGCUAUGGUCGGUAAGAGAGCAGGUCUCACUGCACUUGUGUCAGACAAAGUCCGCGAGUUUGUGAAACACUCUCUGAAGUAUUUCUACACUGCGUCUUCUGGAGUCCCAAACUUCCCAGAGUUUGUGUCUGUUGGGCUGGUUGAUGAAGUUCAGAUGUUUCACUAUGACAGUAACACCAGGAGAGCAGAACCCAAACAGGACUGGAUGAUCAGAGCCACAGCAGAUGAUCCUCAGUACUGGGAGAGGGAGACUGACGUCUGUAUGGGUCACCAACGGCGCCACAAAGACAGCAUUGAAUAUUUAAAGCAGCGCUUCGAGGGAACUGGUGUCCACAUUCUCCAGUGGGUGUACGGCUGUGACUGGGAUGAUGAGACUGAUGAUUCUGAUGGUUAUGCUCAGUAUGGUUUUGACGGAGAAGACUUUAUAGCAUUUGACCUGAAGACAGUGGCAUGGAUCGCUCCAAAACAACAGGCCUUCCGCACCAAACAUAAGUGGGAUCGUGACAAAGCUUGGAUAUAUAAGACAAAACACCCAGAUUUGCAUUGAGUGGCUGAAGAAGUAUUUGGACUAUGGGAGGAGCUCUCUGCCAAGAACAGAGCUUCCCUCAGUGUCUCUCCUCCAGAAGACUUCCUCCUCUCCAGUCAGCUGCCACGCUACAGGUUUCUACCCUGACAGUGCCACACUCAUCUGGAGGAAAGAUGGAGAGGGGAUUCAUGAGGACGUGGACCACGGAG